AUGGAAGUUAAGCUCUGGAAUGAUAAGCGCGAGAGAGAAAUGUACGACAACUUUGCUGAGCUUUAUGCGAUUAUUAAGGCUACUGAGAGGCUUGAGAAAGCCUAUGUUAGAGAUGUAAUCACACCACAAGAAUAUGAGAUAGAGUGCCAGAAGCUUAUAGCUCAUUUCAAAACCCUAGCUUCUACUCUUAAGGACACUGUGCCUAGCAUUGAGAGGUUUGCGGAUACUUAUAGGAUGGAGUGCCCGGCUGCAAUUAACCGUCUUGUGGUAUCGGGUGUGCCUGCUACGGUGGAGCAUCGAGCCAUUGCGGCAGCAGGCACGUCCACCUCAGCGGCCAUUGUGGCUGAAUGUGUUCAGAAUUUUAUUACAUCAAUGGAUUCCUUGAAACUGAACAUGGUGGCUGUGGAUCAGGUGCAUCCUUUGCUCUCAGAUCUUAAUGGUUCACUUAAUAAGUUGACGAUUUUGCCGCCGGACUUCGAAGGGAAGAUAAAAAUGAAGGAUUGGAUUGCAAGGUUAUCGAAGAUGGGUGCAGCUGAUGAGUUGACAGAACAACAGGCCCGGCAGCUUCACUUUGAUCUCGAGUCUUCUUACAAUUCCUUUAUGGCAGCUCUACCCAAUGCUGGCACUUAA